GAAAAGGAAAAGGACAGAUUGAGAUAUAUCUCCCUUGAGGAUUGUUGCCAAUAUCUUCAGCAUUGUCUCGACGAAGAACGACUAAAUCACCAUUCAUCUAUUCACCCUUCGAAUUCUUACCUCAAUCCGUUCAUCUCUAAAUCCGCAUCAUCGAUCACUCCAACACUACAAAAUGCACAUAACAACCACCUCCCUCCUCACCCUCCUCUUUUCCCUCUCUAUCCCCUUUCCAUCUCCGCGAUUCCGACUCCCGCUCCCGCUCCCGCUUCCAAAACCACAAAGGAAGAUCUGAGCUACCUAGCGGAAUUAUUCGCCUCCGAUAGCUUAGCUAGAAGUCAAUUCCCCCUCGCAGACCCCUCUACAAAUAAAAAGGUCUGCGGACGCGCAUACGCGCGCAAAGAAACGGACACGGCGUUUUUUGGAAAACAGUGCUGUUGCAUGUUUUUGCAUACGAAGGAUGGGGCGGGAGGGAAGAGGAAGGUAGAGAGGAUUAAUGGGGGUGGGUUGGUGGGGGACUGUUGGAGCACAGGGAGGGGGGAUUGGGGUUAA